CAACCCUACUAGAACAACAUGGCGGCUAGCGUGAACGGGUUAGGAAUGUUUCAGCUAGUUGCGCGGAGGGUGGCCUUCAGUGGGCUGGGCAUCAGGCCCCUGCCUGCAGUGCAGAGGCUAGCUGCCAGGGGGCUCUCCACUGCAGCACAACCAGAGAAGCAGGAGGAUUCCGAUGGUGAUGUUCAAGUACAAGAAGAAAGGAAACCUAAAACAGGCAUCAUGAUGAUGAACCUAGGGGGCCCUGAGACCCUUGAAGACGUGCAAAGCUUCCUCCUGAGACUGUUCAGCGACAAGGACCUUAUUCCUCUUCCAGCACAGAGCUUCCUGGCUCCCCGUAUCGCUAAACGUCGCACACCUAAGAUCCAGGAGCAGUACUCCCGCAUUGGGGGAGGGUCUCCUAUUAAGAUGUGGACAACAAAACAGGGAGAGGGCAUGAUCAAGAUCCUUGACCAGAUCUCCCCUGAAACUGCUCCACACAAGUUCUACAUUGGGUUUAGGUACGCAGACCCACUGACAGAGGAUACUAUUGAGCAGAUGGAGAAGGAUGGAAUAGAACGUGCCGUAGCCUUCACCCAGUACCCACAAUACAGCUGUUCUACCACAGGAAGCAGUCUCAACGCCAUCUACAGGUACUACAAGAAGAGGAUCAGAGACAGGGGUGACGAGGGGCGGAGUCAGAUGAAGUGGACAGUGAUUGACAGGUGGCCAACACACCCCAUGUUGGUGGAGUGUUUUGCCCAGAACAUAGAGAAGGAGCUGGCCAAGUUUCCCGCAGACGUGCGAGACGAUGUGGUCAUCCUGUUUUCUGCACAUUCCCUCCCCAUGUCGGUGGUGAACCGAGGAGACCCAUACCCUCAGGAGGUUGGUGCUACUGUACAGAGGGUUAUGGAGAGACUGGGCAUGUCGCACCCUUACAGACUGGUCUGGCAGUCUAAGGUAGGUCCGUUGCCCUGGCUGGGUCCGCAGACAGACGAGGUGAUCCAAGGACUGGCCAACAACGGGAAGAAGAACCUCCUCCUGGUGCCCAUCGCCUUCACAUCUGACCACAUCGAGACUCUACACGAGCUGGACAUCGAGUACGCAGCCACACUGGCCGCUGAGUGUGGAGUUGAGAAUGUGAGGAGGGCGGAGUCACUCAAUGAUAACCAGUUGUUUAUUGAGGGCCUAGCGGACCUUGUGAAGACUCACCUGGACAAAGGAGUUUCGUGUACGCGGCAGCUCAUGCUCCGAUGUCCGAUGUGCGUCAACCCGGCAUGCGGACCCGCCAAGCAGUUCUUCCACGACCAAGGACAGUAGACGUGACGUGUUUUAAACCUGUGUCAAACUAGCAUGUCAGCAGAACGUCACUUGCCUGAACGAAACAAUUACGGUUUCCGUCAGUUCUUCCACAGGGGUGCCAGAGUAUACAGUGCAAUUUACGGAACACAGUGCA